AUGAAGCCGUCGCCGUUUACGUUUGACCCUCGUGCUGAUACUCUACUCAUUCUGCAAAACCCCAACGCGCAUCUACAAGAGGAAAAUGAGAUCCAAGUGGACUCGGAGCCGGAGUAUGAACGGCUUGGGGCCGAUGAGGCGGGGUUGAUGGAAACAACAAAGGUCCGACGCGAUUCACCGAUGACUCUGGACAAUGACCAGAGUUAUCCGAGAGGCUAUUUAGAAGAGGGAGGGUCGACUCAGGUCGAAUUCCGAGUUUCAUCGAGACAUCUGAGUCUUGUCUCACCGGUUUUCCGGGCGAUGCUGGAAAGCCAAUUCAAAGAGUCUCGGCCAAAUGAUCAAGGGCUCUAUGAGCUGCAAGCUAGUGAAUGGGAUGCUGAGGCACUCGUGAUCUUGCUCGAUAUCAUCCACGGUCACCAUCGCGAGGUGCCGAAACGGAUAUCAGUAGAGACGCUCUCACAUAUAGCAAUUAUUGUCGAUUACUACGGCUGUCACGAGAUCAUGGAGCUGGUUUUCGCUGCUUGGGUGAGCUAUCUCGGACCGCCUGAAGAGUUUGUCAAGCAGGAUCCGAUGCGCUGGUUGUUUAUUUCUUGGGUCUUCAGGCAAGAAUCAUUAUUUACAACCGCGACGAAGAUGUUGCUGUUAUACGACAACGGCAAAUACGUGGUUGACCUACCAAUACCCCAGCCAAUAUUAGAUAAAAUUGACGACAACCGUCAAUUCGUUCUCAAUACUCUCUUCGGCCAUCUCUACAAUCUCCAACAAGAUCUCCUCGAAGGCAAAGCCGGCUGCUCAGAAACAUGCGCCAGUAUGCUUCUCGGGUCGUUGAUGAAGCAGAUGCGAACAAGAGGUCUCACGCCUGUUAGACCAUCGAUGCCAUUCGAUGGAUGGAGAGUUGAAGACGCGCGUAGUAUGAUUCUUGGCUUUGCGGCGCGGCCUUGGCGCGUGCCUGGAAGAUCCACGGAUCAUCCUUGUACAUUGAACAAGUUUUUGUUUUCACGCGUCAGUUUGACACUUGCACAUGCGAAGGGUCUUGAGUUGAAGGAUUUUGAAGGGAGUCCUUCGCGACCGACAGAGGAGUCAGCCAAAAUGGCAGGCCAGGAGCCUCUGCGACAGUUUCGAGAUGUCAAAGAUGCCGUCUAUCGCUACGAUUCGGUUUUCGCGUCAAUCAAGUCGCCAACUGAGAUUUACGAGGAGAAACUGAGAUCACUUCAAGAUCGCAUCGCGCAAAUAUGGUCUGAAUUGCAUUCGGCGCCGCCGGACCAAACAUCCCGGCUUCAGGACAACCUGAUUGAGCUGGCCGGCCAGAAGAAGGAACUGGAAAUCGAUCAAAAGACCAACAUUGAGCACUAUGAAAGAGUUCACGCGGAGAAGCUUCGGCAAACCAUGGACUCGUUCCGCGACCAUCUCUUUCAACUCAUGGGAGCAUCCAGCGUACAGUCUCAAUUUCAUAUGACGCCUGACACUACGAGGCUUGGGACUGAUCGAGUUGAGAGCGCGCCCGUGGAACCCGCGUUUCCUGAACUGACAUCUAUCGUCCCUGUUUCUGCAAAUGAUGAGAUGGAUGAUGGACCCAUGUUUGACGAUAACCUGAUGGAUGACACUAUGGAAGACGGUGCUGAUCACGAACCUGCGGAAGACAUCUCACCCCAGGAGGACAGUGUGAUGCAAGAACCUGUCGAGACCGAACCUCAUCACGAAGAACCCAUAGAAGAGCUUACAGAAAACCCAACAGAAGACGAACCUUUCGAGGCGGCACCUACCAACAAGGAACCUACGGAGGAAGAAACCGCCAAAGGGGAAACUGUUGAGGAACGAGCAGAGGAAGAGCCAGCGGAGAGAGUGUCCGCCGACGAGGAAGCUGGCGCGGACGGUACUGAAGAGCCUGAUGACCACCAAGCUACAGAACCAGAACCAGAACCAGAACCAGUCGAGAGAGAAUCUGUUGACGAUAAGCCUAUUGCAAGCAGGACUCGAAAGCCUCGCAGUCGAAUAAAGGAAUCGAGCCGCGACAGCGCUGCCCGCCAAAAUAUUUUUGCUCGUCAAGCCAGAUAUACCUUCAGUCCAUCGCCGACUCCGGCCGCUGAAACCAUUACGGUACAAGCGGACGAGUCUGAUGAUGAAGAGGACGAUGAAGGUGAUGACGAAGAGGGGGAUGAAGAUGAGGACGAAAAUAAGGACGAAGAUAAAGACGAAAAUGACGACGAGAAUGACGACGAAGACGAGGAAGAAGACGAGGACGAAUCGGAAGAAGACGAUGAGGUAUCUGAAGCCGAAUUCUCCGAACCCGAAGAAGCCCCGCCAUCACCACGACAAACUAGAUCAGGAGGAACCAAACGCAAGGGAAACUUCUCGAGUCCAAUGACCAAAACCAAACGCCAAAAGUCAGAACGCGCACCCUCUACUAGCAAAGAGAAACAAAAGGAUGCACCAACAAUAGAGUCAACACGACGACAGACUCGACUAAGUCAGCGACAUCACGACCCGACAGAUGCUGACGAAUUCAAGGGAAUCACUGACCCGAAAUGCGGAAAGGUCUAUUUGACGUACUGGGACAAGACCAAGGAAUGGCUUGCUGUCCUCAUUCUCCCAAUGGGCAGUUUCGACAAGAUCGGAAUUCCUGGAUCUAUCGAAAGUUGCGGAUUAGCUGACUCCCUUCCACCUUGUUACCAGUAUGAUAAAGUGUCCGGGGAAUAUACAUGGGCUAAACCUUACGAGACUGGUAAUUCACUCGUCAACGAGCGCAUGUUUCCAGUCAUGUACUUUGACGGUCGAGACUUUCCUAACAGGAGUGCCAUCGACUGGAUCGACGCAAAGGACUUGCGGAGAUUUAACCCAAAGCUCAAUAACGAUAUUCUUCCUCACAUCAAAGAGGUUGAGAGAUAUCUAAAGGCUGACCCGGCCAGAAGAGUUAUACAAGAGGAUGAAGAUGGCGAGGGAGUACCGUACAAAGAGCGAACUGAGUCACAAGCACCGAAACCAGAAGAACUGAAGAACAAGAAGAAGAAACGCAAGUCGAGUGAACAGAAGACUCCGGGAUCCAGCAAAGCCAAGACAAAUUCAAAGAAGCAGGCCCCAGCAGCAGACCCACCAGCACCAGUCGCAGAGGUUCAGAAAGUGACCCCUACGCCGGAACAAAUGGCAGCACAUAGGGCAGCAGCACUGAAGCCUCAGGUGCUGAGGAUGAUAGGCCACCAUUAUGGCUCGGACAAAUCAAAACCUGCCAAGACCGCAGCCUCGAAGCCAGCAACGACGGCCCGUUCAAAAUCAAAUGAGAAAAGUUCAAAUGGUCGGCCUGCAUCGAAACCGCCCUCUCAUGAGCCAGUAGGGUCGAAGUCAUCGACCUCAAGGCCAGGAGCAACCAAUCCUACGAGACCGGCGGGGAAAGGAUCUAGUCAGCAUGCAGCAUCAGCCCACAGGCCAUCGGGCUCGAGGACACCGGCUACUCCAGAUCCCAAACCAACCGCCGCGAGGCCUGUAGACAAACAAUCAAACCAGCCUGCUCCGAAGCCAUCCGCAGCAAAGCAGGCAACAGCGAGACCAGCCGAGAAAAAUGCAAGCCAGUCUACCCCAAAGCCGCCAGCAGCAAGGGCAGCGUCGAAACCAGCUGAGAAGGAAUCAAAUCAACCUGCACAGACUGCAUCAGCACCGAGGCCUGCCGAGAAUCAUCAAACCAAUCAGGCCCGGACAAGACCCAAGUCAACAGAUCCGAGACCUCCGGCAACAAGGGCAACGUCAGGCACACGUGCUGAGAAGGAGCCUAGCCAACCUGUCUCAAAGCCGACGGCACCAAAGCCAACAGCGCCGAGGCCAGCUGAGAAGGAAUCGAAUCCACCUCCACCAAAGCCAACCGAACAUCGCCCAAACAAGCCUGCUCAGACUAAGCCUCAGGCGCCUGUAACUGCGGAACCUGAAGUCUCUUCUCCAAUCUUCGACGAAAUUCAAACAGAAUUUGUGCCUCAGGAUGAUGAGCCUUCUCCAGCUUUGGAAGACAACUCUCAAGCGGCCCCUAUCCAGCAACAAGCAGCUCCUGUUCCACAACAAGCAGCUCCUGUUCCACAACAAGCUACUCCUGCACAGCAACAAGUUGCUCCCGUUCAGCAACAGGCUACUCCCGUUCAACAACAGGCUGCCCAGCCCAAUGCUGACCCUCUGCCUCCACCUCCGCCCCCAGCUCCGAGAGUUCCAAGAGCACCAUCAGCGCCGCCAAGGCACCAGUCUGUUCCGCAGCCCAGUAAUCUUUCCCGUCCCUUGCCAGUACCUUCACCAGUGCCAAGGCCUGCAAGUACUAGGAAUCCGCCACGGCCACUACCCGGUGAAGAUGUCAAGAAGGAGAAGAAACCCAUCAUUGUUAUUGACAUUUCAGAUGACGACUCAGACGGCGCUGCUGAAGAAAAUGCCGCUGCUGCGCGCAUGUUAUCGCAACGGGCUUCCCGAGCUCAAGUUCUUCAACAGUUGACUGCCGCUCUGGCACAAGACUUAGUCACUAACCAACCACGAACGACAGCAGUCCAGCGUACUGACCCAGAUCGACUGACGGCGGUUGACAUCGCGCUGGCGGCACUGAGAGGGGAUGGACCGUCGAAUUCGUCAGCUAGACAGUCGUGGGACCGGAGACCUUACGAUUCGACACAUAGGCCUGUGCAAGGGGACGCUGAGAGGACACGUGGACCACUUUACAGCUCAACUGCGACAAACACGUCUCCGCCAGAUCAGUAUCGAGCACAAAUGGCAAACACGGACCGAAAUAUCGGUAGGCAGCUUGGCUCUGGAUCACUCCCGACCCCGCCGACCCAGUCGUUGUCGGGCCCCAUGGAGAUCGAUAGCUAUUCAUCACGCCCUCCAUACAGCGCAGGGCCGAGUCCAAUAAGCCAAGCAUAUCGCCAGCCACAUCCUGAGCAGUACUCACAUCUGCAGCAGCCCCAGCCACGGCAAGGGCAUGCUUCUCAACAACAGCUCCUGACUGACUACACGAAUGCUGCACCCAGCCACCCAGAAAACUCAUCUCGUCGGGCAAGUUAUGACCAGACACCACGGAUACCUGAACCUCCUCCCACGACUCAGUACUGGCAUACGCAAGGGCGAUUGCAGCAGACAGGCGAUCCCCAACAGUCACAGCAGAAUCAAUAUCAGCCAAGUCAGCAAUCGCAUGCUUCCCCUGUGUCCACUGCACCCUCGAUCCAGUAUCCAAGACCUGAUGCACAGCAGCAAUAUCCGACUCAACAGGCGGCCCCAUCGCAAUAUCAGAAUACACAGUACCAGGCGCAGCAAUCGCAAGCGCAGUCAUAUACCCAGUCGCCGCAAGCUUACCAACAACAGCCGCUGGUGCAAUAUCAACAGCCACAACCCGCCCAACAAUAUCAUGAUGCUCCUCAGCCAGCUCCAACUCAGCAGUAUGACACGCAGGUGCAAACUCAGCCAGUUGAGAGAUCUACCCAACGCACUCCUACUCUUUCACACCUGAUGCACAGACAUCUGCAUGAAUCUUCGCACCAAAACCGUAACCAGGUGCUGCCGCCACUUCCGCAGUCUUCUCCCCCCAUUCCUUCUCCCCAAACCCACAACCAGUCAUCGCAUGCAUCGCGCCCAUCCUUCUCCAGCCCUUAUGCCAGUACUCCGACACAGCCUCCACCACAGGCGGGCCAGUUCCCAAGUGUACCAACAGUCCUCUCGCAGCAAACUGUGCAGCAGACGGCGCCUCUCCGUACUAGCCACGAGUGGCCAACCGCAUAUCAAAGCAGCCAAGUUCAAGCACAGCAGGUGGGGGCAUCUGCUGAACGGCCUUCUUCGUCUCAGUAUCAAUCCACACCCUCAAGCCACUCUCGGCCAGCGUCUGGCCACAGACAAAACGAACAGCGGCCUUCCUACCAAGCAUCAACUCAUAACGCAUCUCAAUCUUACGCCUCACCGCACUGGAACCAGCAAUCAUCAAGCCAGGCUUCGAAUCUUCCUCUUCCUCGGCCACUCCCGGUCGAUCCACAACUCCAACAAGAUCCGAACGUAUUGCCGCCCUUAGUAUCGAGUAACAGGCCACAAGAACGACCAAACCAGUCUUCUUAUAACCCCUACUCAACCAUUGCUAGCAGUCCCCAGCGUCAAGAAUCAUUUUCUGCUGGAGCACAUGCGCAUCAGCUUCCUCGACCCGGGCAAGCAGGUGCUAGCUCGCCACCGGGAUUCUCUCAAGCACCACCCCAACAACCAGCACCCGCAGCAGCGUAUCACACAGCGCCACGUCACCAAGCUGAACCAGCUGCUGGACAUGGGCCCUCAGCGACACAACAAGCAGCAAGCUCUCAUGAACAACGGGCCCUACCUCCCCCACCAGAGUCUUCAGCACCUCCGGCAUCACAGCCAUCCGCGUCAACAUCUUCCAAUCAACAAGCUGAGGCCGGGUCUAGUUCGUCCCGUGAUAAGCGAGACAAGCGUGAUAAGCUAAACUCAGAGCCGCCGGGAAACACUCAGCAACCAGAACCAGCCAAUAAGUUUCACCCAUGGGUCCAAGUUGAUCUGAACCUACCUCAAGACCCACCCGACUGGGGUGACUCAAUGCCAUUUGAGCUUGUAGAGUUUAUCUCUGAAUGGGAACGCCUUCGUUCUCUACGCCAAGGACUGGCAGGUCUACGAAACCACAAGGGCGGCCUCGAAUGCCUGUUCUGCAAUGGCCCUGAACGGGUGCCUUAUGUCUAUGACCGUAAGAACUAUUUUGAGAAGCAUCUCUUGCAUCACUGGCAGAGGGUGAAGAAGCUUCAUCCUGAGGGGCCAGACCCUACCCCACGCCCAGUACAGCGGCAACAGCAGUACGUUUUUCGGGACGGCACUGCAAAUCUCAAUAUUUGA